GGUUCCCUGGCUCGUGCCGGCAAGGUCAAGUCUCAGACCCCCAAGGUUGAGAAGCAAGAGAAGGCCAAAACCCCCAAGGGCCGCGCCAAGAAGAGACUCACUUACACCCGCCGUUUCGUCAACGUCACCUUGACCGGUGGCAAGAGAAAGGUAUACACCGUGACAAUUGGUAUUUGCAUCUAA